GAUCGUGAAGUCUUAGUCUCAGACUAAUAAAGUACUCGUUGUUCAUAAAGCGACAACCUCGUGAGUUUCAAGUUUUAAAAUAAACGGUCCUUUAAUAGUCGCAUUUAAUCAUGAAGUGAUCUUACCUUGCGUUUUCGUAAGGAUUCACAACCUGCCCGUUUGCAAUCUCAGAAUACAGUGCAAGUACAAAAUAUACAGCUUUUCCUUGGACACAAGGAAACAAGAAAUCAGGAAUAUGACGAGUGUUGAAUUUCUCAGGUGACCCCCGAGAUCCAAUCCGGGAUUUUGGUCAAACCACAUGACACGAAUGAAGAGCGCUGGAGGGGAACCGGACAUUUAUUAAACCCUAGCAUGGCGAAGUGGACAAAACUGAUGUGUCUAAAUCGCUUUCUUGGUAUAAAUGUGAAAUAUCUACAUAAAGAAAUAUUCCCCAUGUUUCCUAUGAUCUUCUGUUGUUGUUGACACGAUGCUAAAUGGCACAAUGAACAUUUGGAAGGCACAGCAACAUGUGCAAUGUACAAAAGCGACAUCAAUGGUUUAAAAUACAUAAGAGUUUUUAAAUAACUUUUAGGGAGGAGGUUAAAGUGAACUCUAGGUGUCUCUUGGUGUUUUUCCAUAUAUUUUUAACAUUUUGUGACUGACUAUUUUGUCAUCUGCCUUGGGGUCAUUAUUAUGUUUCAUUAAUAAAGAUCUGUAAAGGUUAUUUGUACAAGCUUUUCUUAAAAGUACAGCAUCCUACAAAUGUUUAUUUAAAAUUCAACUGAAAAUUAAUUUUAAAUGUCAAAUACUACCCCUUAAUAUGAUUUAUUUUAAAAUCUAUAUUUAUUUUAAAAGUUUUUCACUUAAUAUCUGAAAAAAAAUCAUAAUAAAUUGAUUUGCAAUAACUAUACAGAAAGUACAUGUGCAUUCUAUCUUAUAGCAAAGCAUGAGUUUGUUUUUUGUAUUGUACAUAUUUAAAUACAUAUUUAGAGACCAUAUGAGUUUCUUCUCAUGAUUGAUCUCUAUCCAAAAAUUGGAGAAGUCAAUAGGAAACAUUGGGAAUGUUGCACUGUAGACUAAAGGCUUAUUAAACCUGGGUAACCAUACCAUCAAAGCAAGCAUGCAACUCAGCAUUUUGCAUUGACCACUACACCACAGCAAUCCUUUGAAUGGUGCAACAGUCUACCCUACCCAGUCAAACAAAAGCAAAACCAGCAGACAUCAUUCAUACACACAUGCAGGGCCCCUUCCCUAACCAGAUCAAAUGUAUGCAGGGACAGAGCAGGUAGCAUUUAAAGGAUUUUGCCACCAUCAACAAAAAAGGGCAACCUUUUGAACUUGAAGUUCUCUAUGUGUUUUUCCCGUGUACCUCCUAACCAUUCUCCCUCUCAGAGGAUAAGGAAAGCACGGUUUUGCCAUAGAAGCAAAAAGGUAAGAAAUAAACAUACUUUGAAAUGUUCAGUUGAAUCCGAGUAGUUAUACUUUAAAUGCACAUGGCUAUCACUUUACUCCAUGAAUCUGUGCACUGUAAAUGUUAAUACACCCUAAUGUAAAUUGUUGCUUUUAACUUAAUGUGGCAAUUUAUAUAAAAAUGGUUUUGGGAAUGAUUCACAGAAAAUUUCUGCUCAUGUUUGCCUGAACUUUGUUAGUUCAUAGUUACAUUAUAUAACACAUUUGCUUUACAUAGAGGUAUAUGUUGACUGAAAAGGUAUACAGGCAUAUAGGCUAUAUGUUUUUUUUUUUUUAAGAAAGUUAUGCAAAAAAUAAUAGGAAUAAACAAAAUUAAUAUGCACAGUACAGUAAAUAGAGUUUUUAAAAUGAAUGAAAUAAUAAAUAUUCCAAGUAAAGAGUACAUAUCCUCUCCCAGUCAAGAGUGCAUUUUAGUACAUAACUGAAAAAUAUUUCAAAAUGUUUGUGUAUGAAAUAGACAUUGAUAUCCAAAACCAAAUUUAUUAUGCUUGGACUGAAAAGCAUGAAUAUUUCUUAAUAUGUUUAUUUAUUGUCAUUGUGAGAUGACUGUCAUGGCUCCUAUUUAUUUCAUUUCUCCUUUGCACAUGGUUGCAGUGUGUGUCAGGAUGUACAGUUUUAUGAGCGGAGGCCUUUUUUGUGCAUUAUUGGGGAGCAUCCUAAUAGUGGUCUCCACGGCGACAGACUAUUGGAUGCAGUAUCGUCUCUCAGGCAGCUAUGCUCAUCAGGGCCUGUGGAGGUACUGCAUGGCUAAUAAGUGCUAUAUGCAAACUGCAAGUAUAGGUGCCUUAAAGUCGUUUCCCUGGUCUCAUAAGAUGACAUCUGAGAUUACAGGAGCUGUGCUUUGGUUCAUUCAAGCAUACUGGAAUGCCACACGGGCAUUUAUGAUCCUGUCAGGAAUAGCAUGCUUUGCUGGCAUCAUUGUGGGCAUUUGGCCAUUCUCGAAUUUUUCCUCCUUUGAGAGGUUCAGCCGUCCCUUUGCUGCAGGCAUCAUGUUUUUCAUCUCCACUUUAUUUGUGCUGCUGGCUAUGGCAAUCUACACUGGUGUAACCUUAAGCUUCCUGGGCAAGCGUUUUGGAGACUGGCGUUUCUCCUGGUCCUACAUAGUGGGCUGGGUGGGCAUGCUAAUGACAUUUUUUGCAGGGAUAUUCUACAUGUGUGCUCACAGAAUGCAUGAAUCAAGAGGAGGGACUGAAAAUCGCUAAGGGAAGAAACGCAGGACUGCAUCUAAAACCAUCAGGACUUGUUAUAGUAAAAGUAUAAGAUAAGAUGCAGUACAUAUGUUUACAAAAUAUGUAAACAAUUACAAAAUACUAACACACUCAGCUACACACAUACCAGCCUGAUCUCAUGGGAAUUUGUAUGUAUUUUAUGAGGUGGCUAUUUAAUAUGAAUUAGUACAAAGUGAAUUGUACAAAAAACGUAUUAUUAAAAAAAUACAUUAAUGAAGCCCCACCCCCACUUCUGCUCCUA